AUGUGGUUCGCAGAUUAUGAGAAGUAAAUAAGAAUGGCACACAUUUAGAAUCCAAGAAGUAAGGCUGCUGUUGCCAUUUCUCUUCCCAAAGUGUAAUAAGCAAGAACGUUGAGUAGAGUUAGAGUGUUGUUGUAAUACUAAUAGACAAGUAGGUACGAGAACGACCACUCUGUCUAGUUUACAACGUGUAGAACCCGCGCAUGAAAAUAAUAUAUAGGUUACAACGUCUACAACUCUAAUAAAUUAUAAUAGAUGAUGGCGAUGAUUAUGAUUGGACAAAGUAGAAAUGUGCGACAAGAAUAGAUCCGGAGUUUUCUGGAGAUCCUCCAGAAAAAUUAACAGAGGCUUCAGAAAAGGUGCAGAAGGGAACGGACAGGCUCUGGCGAAGAGAAGAAUGGAUCAGGAGGAAGGUGGACCAAGAUCUACAGGCGACAAGGGCACCGCAAGCCUCCUCACUUCUCUCUCUUCCUCUCUCUCCCUCCUUCUUCUCUCAAAGGUUGCGGUUACGUGUAGAACCACAACUUUUCGUACGGUUGGGUGGUACUUUCAAGCGGAAGCUCUACUUCUAGUUGCGAGUUGUAGAGUGGUAGGGCAACCUCACGUCGAACGUCGGCAGGAGCUGAUGAUGGCGAAGUGCUCUUCGUGUUCGCGAGAUCUCUGCUGCUCUGCACGGUGCCAUACAUUUAGAAUCGAAGAACUUGCUCCGCUUGUCGUUUGGUUUUUCCUUCUCUGUGUAGAAAGAGGCGUAGAAGUNAUGUGCGCUUAGAUAGGUGGCUCUGCGAGCCCGCGCUAGCUUUUCUACAAGGCAGGCCACGUCCCUGCUCUUUGAAUUUGCUUGUAGCUUCGGGCCAUCUCCCCGAUUCAAGUCACGCGGCGGUGCACUUGUAGACAGUAGACAACAAAAAAAAAAAAGCUUCGAUUUGCAUCUGUUGAGCUACAAAAAGACAAGGAGAUCGUCAUGAAAGCGGUGGAAAACAAAGGGAGCGCCCUGGCGUUUGCACAUGAAGACGUAAGAGGCGACCGAGCGAUAGUUCUGAAGGCAAUCGAGCAAAAUCCCCUGGCGCUGCAGCACGCGAGUGAGGACAGAAAAAGCGAGUGGGCGAUAGUCAUGAAGGCAGUUGAAAAAGGUGGCGACGUCUUCACACACCAGCUAGAGUUCUCAAAUCUACAACACAAAUGCAUAAGGGUCCCUUUCCCACCAUCAGAGAUGUAAUUCUUAAGCGUCGCCAUCAAUCUCUUUCGCAUAGAAACAGAAGAACUCCCGAAAAAUUCACAUCUCACUCUACAGGUAUUUGCGUCAGAAGAUCUAGCGAAAUUUAGCCGCAAUUUGAGCGGUUGUCAAUUAUGCAGGAGAGAAUAUAAACGUUUCAGCAUCGGUCUGCCGAGUGGGAUGCUGCACAGUAGUGGCCAAAACAAGUAGCGCAAGUGAAAUUCUAAAAAUAAGUACUAACAUGCAUUAUAUCACACAGUAUAAGCUUGGAUCCGGAUCUGUCAACCUGUAAAGCAGUUGCACAGCAAUAGAAGACAGCCGGGGAUACAAAGAUACUCAACAUUAUAAAUCACAACAAAUCAGCAGUGAGUACCACUAUAGAGACACAGGAUCGUAAAGCAAAAAGAAGCAAAAAAUGACUUGUAGUAGCCAGUACUGUUGCAAAUUAAUACCCUCAUACGUAAGGCACUUUCUUAAAUCUAUCACGUGAUAAAUAAUUUUAAGUUCCAAGUUAGUACUGUUUGCACAUACUCUCAUAAGUUAAGUAUUUCCUCAAGUUCAUGACGUAACAACCAAAAGCACUUCAACGCAUUAAAACUUAGCACAUAAACUUACUCUCCACAACGUACAAUUUUCAAUGGCCAACAUUUUUCACAACGAUCAUGACAGGACUAAUUAUUAGCAGAGACUUCCGCAGCAAAACUAAUUCACGUCGGUAUCCAUAUAUUUAGUCAUCCCGUUAUCCUUUUGGACUCAGAACCGAAGCUGCAUAAGUCACAGCACAAAGGCUAGAACGAGAAAGCCAGUGCUACUACUUACGGAACAAACAAAGAACAGCAAGAGUUGCAAAAUAAUUGUACAUACUAAGCAAUUUAUAGGGCGGACAUAAUGAAGAAGUAAAAACGAAGCAGAAAAAUCCACAUCCACUUUCAAACAAAACGC